AAGUUACUGUCAGCGAUGAGGCUCUUUGGUUGUCAUGGAAACAGACUUGGAACAGUUUGCAUCCGGGGACAUGGGCGUCCUGCUGCUCAGCUGAGCCGCUUUCCUUUCGGCUUUGGGAAAAUGGAAGAGUGGAUGGUGGAGGGAAUUGCUGGCUUUCUCAGCAGUUCGUGUUGGACUAUUCCAAUCACCGAUUUCAUCGAACAAAACUGUGCAGUUUUUGAUGAUGAAGAGGAAAAUAAAUUAUCUUAUACAGAAAUCCAUCAGGAUUACAAGGAUUUGGUAGAACAAUUGUUAGAGAGCUAUCUUCAAGAUGUUGGGAUCCAGGAGGACCAGUUUUUGGAAGCCUGCAAUUCCCCACUUGCACAGUCUGAAUCAUUUCAGCCUGUUUUCCAACCAGUUCUAGCUGCAGAAGAUUUUCAAGUCUUUAAGUCACUGAUGUUACAGAAAAACAUUGAACUGCAAUUACAAGCUCUCCGAAUGAUUCAAGAGAGAAAUGGAGUUCUCCCUGAAUGUUUGACAGAUGGAGAGGACAAAAUCAGUGAACUAGAACAACAAGAACUUAGGAUAUUAAGAGAGGUGCUGAGACAAUCAAAAGAUGAGUAUGAACGGGAGGUAGCAAAGAGAUAUGCUACUGAGGCAGGAGCCAAAGCUGGAUCAACACAAAGUGACUUAGAGAAAGCAAUUGUGGAGAAUGCACAACAGGAGGAAGCUCGGCUUUCCAGACAACAUGAACAAGGAAAGGAAAAUUUACAACGGGCUGUUCAAAAAUCUUUACAAAAGAGAACAUCAGCGAAAGAAGAUGCAGUUGCAUCCACAAGUAACCUAGAUGAGAAUGUUAUGAAGUCAAAAAACGUAUCAGAGAAAGUUACUGAAGCGUUACCUUCGUGUGAAAUGGGAAACAAGAUGGGCAAUGAUCAAGAAAAGACCUUAUCAGAACAAAGUAAUGGAGUUUCCAGAAAAGCAUUAGGACCAGUACGGGUUCCAGUAAAAGGAGAAGAGCAACGAUUACCUUUAGAAUCAGUAGGAAAAAGGAUUCACCAAAGUGAUGCAGCAGAGACCUGGCUACAACAGGCAAAAAAAGAAGCGGGCAUUUCAGGCUCUGUUAUGGAACUUUCUGAGAGUGACAGGAGGAAGCUUCAAGAACGAGCAGCAUAUCUAAAGGAACAGCGUGAUAAAUUAGUGGCUAUGAAGAAAGAACAAAGGGAGAAACAUCUACCGAAAAAUCCAGAAAGCCAGAAACCACAACCCAUACUAGAAACUAAAGAGAAGAUUUCUGAAGAAGAAAAGCAGAAAAUUCAGAAAAGAAAACAUUUGGCAGAAAAACUUAAACAAGAAGUUAUCAAAAAAUAAAAUAUGUGGACAGUAAAGUUAAAGAAGAAAGAACUGAAACCUGAUAUUCUUUGAUUAACUGAAUUGAAAAUUAACAAUACUGUUUUACUUGCGACUAUGACCAAUGAUAGCUUGCAGAGGAUAAUGAAAUACUACAGCAACAGUGGUAGUCUUCUACUUCCAUUCUACUAAAAAUAUUUACAUGCUAUAACUGCAAAGUUAAAUUGUUUGCAAAUGAAUGUGCAAUGAUAGUUGAAUUUUGUAUUCUUGUCAGCUGUAAUGUUUUGCUGUAAAUCAAUACUAUUGUUGCCUGUGAAAUGCCAGAAUUAAUAGCUGUCUCAUUACUUGUGCUUGUAUAAUAAACUUCAUUUGUCCAGA